GUUGGGAAGAAGCUUUUUUAACGGCGGCGUCUAGGUCAUAGAUAUCUACGUUUUGUAUGUAUCUUAGCAGUUUAUCGAAUCUAUUCAACUCAUCAGUAUAUUGUUUUGUUAUUCAUGUGCGGAUUCAGUCAUGCGUUUCGCGCAAUUAGUCAAUUGAAUGAUAUUUCGCUCUGAUGUCAGAUCUAAUGCCAAAUUACUUUUUGUCGUGGAGGUAUUCGUAGGUAGUCUUUCCGGUGGUGCUCAGAUAGUGGCUUUAGUGGGAGUACGUUUGCAAAUUUGUAUUGGGAUUUUCUGAAGAAGAUUGAGUGUAAUAAGAGUUGUAAUAAAGCAUCAUGGGAAUAUUUUUUGAUCUUACUCACAUUUUAGAUAAUAAAUCUAAAUAUCACCUAAAUGUACUCUAUAGUGUACCGAAAAAAAUUAAUUGGUGGUUUGCACCAAUUUUUGUCGCCAUUUGGAUUAUCCUCUAUGUGACGGUUGUUUUGAAUUUAUCAAUUCUAUUGCCAACACCGUUGACAAUAAAAGAUGAACCCAACAAUCCGGAUCGUUUUAUUGCCGAACGAGCUUAUUCAGUACUCGAGGGUUUGGUCAACCUUGGACCUCGUAUUGUUGGCAGCGAAGCCAAUGAAGUGAAGGCUGUCGAAUAUUUACUUAAUGAAAUUGGGAAAGUUCGCGAACAAUCUAACGAAUAUUUUGACAUUGAAUCAGAUGUACAAACUGUUACUGGCAGUUAUAUGCACUGGACCAUGGUCAAUAUGUAUCAGGGUGUACAGAAUGUUGUUGUGAAACUUAGUGCAAAAGAUACGAAUAGUUCAUCGUAUUUGCUAAUCAAUAGUCAUUUUGAUUCAGUGCCGGGAAGUACUGGAGGUGGAGAUGAUGGGAGUAUGGUUGCGGUAAUGUUGGAAGUAAUGAGAGUUAUUGCGAAUUCAAGUGGACCCUUGGAGCAUCCAAUAGUGUUUUUGUUUAACGGUGCAGAGGAAAAUCCUCUGCAGGCAUCUCAUGGGUUUAUAACGCAACAUAAAUGGGCGAAAAAUUGCAAGGCCCUUAUUAACUUGGAUGCUUGUGGCAAUGGCGGAAAAGAAGUACUUUUUCAAUCUGGACCAAAACAUCCGUGGCUUAUGAGGUAUUAUCGAAAACAUGCAAUGCAUCCUUACGCUUCGACAAUGGCCGAAGAGAUUUUUCAAGCAAAACUAAUUCCAUCCGAUACUGAUUUUCGUAUUUUUCGUGAUUUUGGUGGAGUUCCUGGUCUUGAUUUUGCUUAUACAUACAAUGGAUAUGUCUAUCACACUGAACAUGAUCGAGCUGAUAUUGUUCCAAUGGGAAGUUUACAAAAUACUGGUGAUAAUAUACUUGCAGUUGCAAAGGCUAUUGCUAAUGCACCGGAAAUGUACAAUACUGAAGAACACGAAGAUGGCCAUGUCGUAUUCUAUGAUUUUCUUGGAUGGUUUUUCAUCUUCUACACUCAAACAGUUAGCACAAUCAUCAACCUUGUCAUUUGUGCUGCUGCUUUAGCUGCUAUUGGUACAUCAAUAUUCUUCAUGAUUAUUCGUUCUGGACUUGGAAUUGAUGAAAUUCUAAAACGUUUUGCUUCUGUAAUUGGUCUUCAAAUGUUAUCAUUGAUUUUAGGAAUUGUCCUAUCACUUUUGGUAGCGCUAUUUAUGGAUGUAAUCAAUCUUUCUAUGACAUGGUUUUCACAAAUGUGGCUUUUAAUUGGUUUAUAUUUCUGUCCAAUGUUCUUUGGAAUGGGAAUUAUUCCAGCAAUUUAUUGCCAAUAUAAGAAACGUGAUCAACUAAGUUUGGGCUUCAGAAUUCAGUUGUUUAUGCAUGCACAUUGUUUAUUUUUGGUAGUUUUAACUUUGUGUUUAACUUUACUUGGAUAUCGAUCAGCUUUUAUGGCAAUGUUGGCAGUACUUUUUGAUAUAAUUGCUUUGAUAAUUAAUUUGGCUACCAAGUGGCAUAGAAGAGCCUAUCUUUUUGCUGUGACUGUUAUCGUUUGCCAAAUAGUGCCAUUUAUCUAUUUCACCAACAUCACUUAUUCCUUUGUUUAUACUUUGGUUCCGAUGAUGGGACGCAAUGGAUCCGAUGUUAAUCCAGAUUUAAUGAUAGCAGCUCUUUGUGUAUUUAUGUCAAUUUUGUUUGCUGGAUUUCUGAUGCCACUUCUUCUCUUUUUCCGUAAAACGAGAAUGUUGAUCUCGGGGUUCCUUGUGGUCACACUUGUGUUCUUCAUUAUUGCUGUCACUCCAGCUGGAUUUCCUUAUCAAGAAAAGACUGCUGUUCAGCGAAUUAAUUUGAUUCACGCUAGAAGAGUUCUUCACGAUUUCGAUUCAUCGGUUAGAUUGAACGAUUCCGGAAUCUAUGUUUAUCCCCAGGAUAGAAGAACUUCUACUCUUGAUGAUCUAGUUCCUGUUAAGAGGAAAUCACAAAAAGUUAGUGACUUUUGUAAAACUGAGAUGUUCUGCGGAGUACCGGCUUACAAUCAUAGAUGGAAUAAGGCUUGUGAAUACAGUUCGUGGAUAGAUUUCAGUGAACCAGAUCUUCCGUCCAUUCCCAAAUUGGAACUUUUAGCAAAAGAAGUCACACCUUCUUCAGCUCGAUUUGAUUUCAAACUUUCAGGCCCUGAUCACAUGACAAUAUUUAUUGGAACGAAAAACGAUGCCAAAGUAAAAAAUUGGACAUUUAAUGACACUUCGAUAAGGGAAAACUGGGAGCAGCCAUAUUUUAUUUAUUUUUCUUAUGGCGUUGAUUCAACAGCGUUACAAUUUUUUGUUGAAAUUGAAAAAACUGGAGGAAAUUUUUCAGAACCAAAUCUCGAAAUUGGUAUUGGAGCUCAUUGGGUGCAUGAUAAUGCACAAAAAACAAAAGAUUUUCAAGAAUUUUUAGAUUCUUUUCCAGUGUGGUCUUAUGUUAGCAAUUGGGUAGCUUCAUAUGAGAGUUGGGUGUUUUAGAGAAGUAAAAUUAAGAAUUUUUAAGAAAAAAAAGUUGAUUUGUUGGAUUGUAACAAUCUCGUUAUUAUUUAUUUGAUUUUUUAAGUUUUAAAAUGUUUUAUGAUAUUAAAAGAAAUACAAAAUGUGUUAGUUAAAUAAU